AUACGGCCGGCGAUUCAGUUUCACGUGUGCUUGGGUCGAGUUGAACUCUAUUAACAACAGUUUUUUGUUUUGAUACCAAAAUGAGUAUUAAAUAUGAAGUGAAAACAUCAGAUAAACUAGGCAGAUACCUAGUAGCGGCAAAUGAUAUAAGAGCAGGGGAGAGGAUUUUGUUGGACCAGCCAUUUGUGUUGGGCCCCAAUAGCGAUACUUCGCUGGUUUGCUUUAACUGCUACCUGCCACUCAUCAGCAAGUUCCUGGUGUGCAAGAAUUGUGGUAUGGCUCCGAUAUGCCCUGGAGAUGGAUGCCCAGAACAGUUUGCUAAAUGGCACAAUCAGCAAGAGUGCGACUUCUUCCGAAACUUAAAAUUGAACAAAGGAUUAAACCCCAUGACAAUGGUUCAGAAUGUUGGGUCGUUGCUAGUUUUGCGAGCGCUGCUCAAACAGAACACCAACCCUCGGGAGUGGAAGAUGUUCAGUGAGUUGGAAUCUCAUUUGGAUAGAAGGAGAGAAAGUCGCGUCUGGGAAUACUAUGAUAACACUGUAAAGUUUAUUCAAUCACUCGGGCUCCUCGAAAAUGGACAGAACCAGGACUUGGUCCAACAGAUAUGUGCUGCGAUUGAUGUGAACAGUUUCGAAGUCCGCGGUCCGCCGAUUCCAGCUAUAGGAUGCGCUGAGGUGCUACGUGGAGUUUACUUACAGGCGGCCCUAUUGGCGCAUGACUGUGUCGCCAACACGCACAUGUCGAUCAACGACAACAACGUGUUGGUGUGCCACGCUAGUACCGACAUCAAGAAAGGGGAGCCUAUUUAUUAUAACUAUACCGACCCUUUCAAAGGUACAGAAGUUAGACAGCAGCAUCUAAUGGUCGGAAAAUAUUUCCAAUGCACAUGCUCAAGAUGCUCGGAUAUAACCGAAAUGGACACUUUUAUGAGCUCCGCCAUUUGUUCAGAGUGUAAAACCGGUUAUAUGUCCAGGGUUGGAGAGUCGUGGGUCUGUCAUAGUUGCAAGAAGGAAUCUGAACACUCUGUCAUAGGGCAUAAGGUUCAAUGCUGCUCGGAUAAGUUAGAAGUUAUUAAUAAAAAGGACGAUAAAGAGUUAGAAGAGUACAUAAAACAUGUAUCAUUAGUAUUGGCUCCAAAUCACUAUCUUUUAUUAGACGCUAAACAACGCCUUGCGGGAGUACUAAGAGAUGUUAUAAACAGAGAACCCAGACCUACCAAGAAGGUGAUGCGACGAAAAAUAGAGCUGUGUAAGGAACUAUUGCCAGUUUUGGAGACACUAAGCCCAGGGAUUUGUCGUAUAAAAGCAAUCACUCUUUAUGAACUUCAUGCGACGAUCGUGCAGCUCGCAAAGAAGUUAUUUGAUGCGCGUGAAAUCACCGCUUCGGUUUUCGUGGAUGAACUGUUAAAUGCUGAGAAACACCUAAAACGUGCUCUAGAAAUGUUAGUCAUUGAACCAGGCAACUCUCCUGAAGGCGAACUGUGCGCAAAGGCCUUAGAAGAGUAUAGAGCGUUGAAAAUAACAAUAGCUAAAGUAUUGGACAGCGUCCAUGCAGAGGGGAAGACAUAUGAAAGCGAAAAUAUUCCUGAAGAAGUGCCUUUACGCCCUGAAAUAGAUUAAAGAACCUUUUCAGUUCCUGUAAUAAACGAAAUAAAUUAAACUACAAUACAAUAUUA